AUUUUAUGGGUUAGAUAAUAUAUUUUUUCGGAAACCCAUUUUAUCUUUAUAAAUAGUUAAAUGGUACGACUAAUCAAAUAGCUUUUAUCAAAGCCUUUUUUAAUAAAAUGUUGUUUUGAAAAUAAAAAGGAAUCAUAAAAAGGAAUCAUAUUUUCAGAGAUUAAAAAAUGGUCCCAUAAUGUUGUUUUGAGAAUGAAAAAUAAAGAGCUGUUAUUUUUUUCAAUAAACUAUUUGGCAACCUGUAAAACUGAUUAAACACCGAAAUAAAAUUAUUAUUCCGAGAAUUUAUUAAUUAAGAAGAUAUAAUUUAUUAAUUAUUAUUCCGAGAUGCAAUGUAUAUAGAUUAUACAUAUGAUUUCAUAAAUAGUUAUUUAAUCCUAAAGGCUAGGAAAAGGUAAAUGAUUUGAAUGAAUAUAUUAUGAGUCAUUCCAGCUAAGGUGAUGAAGGCCUAUAAGUUUCAUACUUAUUCGUAUACACACACGUCGCCAUCAAUUCACCAACUUUAGUUACAAUGUAUCUUCAUAAAAUAAGAAUUUCUUUACUGUUAUCAAAUUAGAUUUUUAAAGCCAUUAAGAUGGUAUUAUCCGAAUUAUACAAGUGAUUACAUCCUUAGCGAUGAAAAGUCUUACUAGCCUUUUAUGUUAUUUGAGAAAUAAUCUCACGGUGAGGAUUUCACCAAUAAAUUUUCGUUACUGAUUAUAUACGACGUGGCAUUACGCACAUAUCAUAUAAUUAAUAAACCAACACCUCCACAACUAUAUAAACAGACUCCUGACAAGAAGGAUACAUACAAAAAGCACAAAAUAUAAUACAUACAAAAACAUUGUUGUGGUCAUCAUUAUGACGAGGAAGAAGCUAAACAUAUCUUACAUCACCAAUGAUUCAUUGAGAAAAUCAACCUUCAACAAGAGGAAGAAAGGUUUUUUCAAGAAAAUCCACGAGCUCUCCGUUCUCUGCGGAAUCCAAGCAUGUGCUGUUAUCUACAGUCCGUUCAGCUCAACCCCGGACGUGUGGCCAUCGAACUCGGAAGCGAAGAAAGUAGUGGAGAAGUUCGAGGAGAUUCCAAAGAUCGACCAAGAGAAGAAAAUGGUGAACCAUGAAGGUUUUCUCAGAGACAGCAUCACAAAAACAAGGGAGAAUACCAUCAAGAAGAUGAUGGAUAAUACGGAGAGCGCGAUGAACGAGACCAUGUUCCAAUUUCUUCGUGGGAGAGAGGACAUGUUUCAGCUGACUAACAAACAUCGUGACGACUUGUGUAGGCACAUUGAUCAACAUCUUAAGGAGCUAUAUCACCAUAGGAAACUAAUCCUAAAUCAAUCCCAUCUUGAAUAUGGAGAAUCUUCUUCAGCUGCUAAUGCCAUGAUACAACCAGCAGCUAUAGCUGAAGAGGGUUCCUCACCUUUCCCAAAUCCUGAUGCUUUCAACACUGCUCGGCCAGUGAAUGAGUUAUGGGCUUUAGAAAAUAAUUAUCCUCCUGCUGCCAGUGACCAACAAGGUUAUUACCAAAUGACGAAUCCGGUAUGUGGUUAUCAUCAGCAUCCAAGUUUAAAUUUAAAUUUUAAUCCUAAUCAGUAUCAGCAGAAGUUUGUAGGAUACCCAAAUGUAGCUCAAGAUGGAAAUUACAAUCGGACUCAAAAUCAGAAUCAUCAGCAGGAAGAAAUGUUGGUUAGUCAGAUGAUGAACAAUUCUAACCAAGUGCGUUUCCCUAUGAUGGAUGACAACAACCGCUACAACUACCACCAGCCCUAAAAAACAUCUCCAUUAAAGACAUUUGUUGUGAUGUAUGCUGAUUAAUGCAUGUUUUAUUAUGAUGUCUACUUUCGUCUGCCAGAUUAUAAUUCUCUCUUUCAUGUUUUAGAAUUUAAUUUGAUAAAGUGUCCUUUAUUUUAUUGCAGUUUUUAUAUAAAGUUUCAGUUU